AGUAUCGUUAUCCCGAUAGUUCUUUCGUCUCAGUCCGUGUGUAUUCCUGGGCGAAUGUGCUCGUGUGGUCUCAGGAGUUGCGGAGGUCACGGCUCUGGGACAGCCGUUUCAUCGCCCUAUGCUGCAGAACCUACCCCGGAAGAGAGAGCCCAGAGAAUUGACAAAGCUGUCCGCAAACAGUCAACAGAAGUGAAGGAAAAUUGGGAGCAAUUGAAAACCCGUGCGAGCAACUGGCAGAAACAGGUGGAAAAGGCGUUGGAAAAACUUCAAGAACUGCAGAAAGCGCUGGGUGAUCUUGAGGCUCAUGUGAUAACAGCUGAGGGGGUCCACACUGAUUGGCAACCUGUGGGUGACCUGCUUAUUGACUCAUUGCAGGAUCACAUUGAUAAAACCACAGGUAAGGACUAUCUGCAAAAUCUGAGAUUGGGUUUUGAAAGACAGCAGCCUUUGUUUUGGAGAGAUAAUGGGAACUGCAGAUGCUGGAGAAUGCGAGAUAACACCGUGUGGAACUGGAUGAAGACAGCAGGCCAAGCAGCAUCUUAGGAGCACAAAAGCUGACGUUUCGGGCCAAGAACCUUCUUCAGAA